AGGUUCUUUGACGCACUGGAUGCUGCAGCAGAGCCUCUCUCUCUCUGAAUCACAUGUCCUCAUCGUCCCGUUAUCCGCUGGGUGGAUAUAAAUACAGGCUGCAGCGCUGCUGGUACAGGCUCCACAGUUUCAGCCAAACAAACAGCAAAGGUCAUCAUAUCCUGCUCCCUCUAAGGGUCAGAGACGAUGUUAAUGAUGAUGAUGAUGAUGAAGAAGAAGGGGUCCAAAGAGUCCCUGGCUUUGCUGGCCUUCAUUCUGGCCUCAGCCAACUGUAUUCUGCAACCAUCCAAGGAAGAACUUAAUGAGAUCUCCAUCCAGGGUGAGAAGUAUCUGGAUAAGCAGAUUGAAAUCGCCAUCGAUGGCGUGAAGGAGAUGAAGACUGUGAUGCAGAAAUCCUCAGAGGACCACAAGUUGUUUGUGGAUGCUCUGGAGAAAACAAAGCAGCAGAAAGAGGAGGCAAUACAUGUAGCGGAGGAAAUGGAGGCCAAGCUGGCGAAGGAGGAGGAAGUUUGCAAUGACACCAUGAAGGCUCUGUGGGAGGAGUGUAAGCCCUGCCUGAAGAAGACCUGCGUUAAAUAUUACUCCAGGACCUGCAGCAGCGGAUCCGGAUUGGUGGGGCGUCAGCUGGAAGAUGUGCUGAACAGAACAUCUCCCUUCUCCAUCUGGAUCAACGGGGAGAGGAUCGACACUCUGGAGCAGGAGGGGCAGCGACAGACCAAACAGUUCAAGGACCUGGAAGAAAAAUACACAGAGAUGGAAGAUGGAGUGGAUAACAUCUUCUCAGAUAGCAUGAAGGCUGCCGAUCACAUCAACCCUCCAGGGUUCUUCUUUCCCAAAUUCCUGGCUCCGGUCACUCGUCGUGCCAGAAGCAUCCACAUGCUUUUCCAUGAUCCUUUCCACAACUUCCAGAGCUUGUUCUCCCCCAUGAUGGGAAUGAGCAGGAACCUGUUCGGCUCUAUGGACUCCAUGAUGGACUUAGACUCUGAUGCUGCCCCUAAUGAGGAUGGAAAUGUCAACGAAGAUGUGAUCAUCACAAAACCCUUCGGCGAUGGGAGGAUGACCUGCAGGGAGAUCCGUCGCAACUCGGCUGGAUGCAUCAAGUUCCGCGACGAGUGUGAGAAGUGCAAAGAAAUCCAGCAUCUCGACUGCUCUGGGAAGAAGCCUCUGGAGGGCCCACUGAAGGAGGAGCUCGAGGCUGCCCUGGCGAUGGCUGAGCGUUUCACCCAGCAGUAUAACUCCCUCCUGAAGAGGUUUGAGGAGCAGAUGUUCAACACCUCCUCCAUCCUCGACAUGCUCAACAUGCAGUUCGGAUGGGUGUCGUCUCUGGCAAACAACACCAAGGAUGGCAUCUUCAGCGUGAAGGGGGUGAUUUGCACGGGGGACACUGAAGAGAACCCAGGCGGAGAGAAGCAGACUGCAGAAACUAAAGUGUCCGUCCAACUCUUUGACUCUCCCCCCAUUAACUUCACUGUGCCAGGGGACAUUCCCUGGACCGACCCAAAGUUCUCCGAGGUGGUGGCUCAGAAGGCGCUGGACCGCUACAAGGAAACCAGCAUUGUCGUAAAAUAGAUUUCAGCUGGAUUCCCACCAGGAUCUUCGACUUCUGCUGACUAGACAAAUGCUCUGAAUCCAUCGAAACGCACCCGGGAGGAUGUAAACCCCUGAAGCUAAUGCACAAACUCCAAUCUUCCUCUUCCAUUCCUGCUUUUGCAACAAACACAAAGUUAAACCUCUAAGGUUUAAAUGGCAUCAUUAGACCUGCUGUAAGAGAAGAUAUUCAGUAGAUAACAAGCCUGACUCAUAUCUGUUGUACCUCAUAUGAUUAGGAAGGCCAUGCAUUGUAUGUGACCUGAGUCCACUAACAGGACCCAUGCUGUAAUAAGUGUUCUAAUAUUUUCUGUGUUUUUAGGACAUAAAUUACCACAAUUACUCCUGCUGUUUAUGCCAUGUGUUUUAGAGACUUUAUGAACGCAGAAAUCCAGGAUAGGAAGAGAAAGCUGGGAAUUAAGUAUACUUAACUCAAAACAUACUGUCUUAUUUGGGUGAGAAGGACCAACUGUUCUUACCAUGUUGUGGUGUUAAGGGGUCUAACAUAUAAGCAUGUCUGACAGCUCAGUUUCUAGACCCAUUUACUAUAUUUUGAUGCCAAAUGAUAAAUAAAAAGAAAAGUACACACAAUGGAGGAAAAGUGGAAUAAAUAUCCAGUUAGCUUAUUGUGGAGCAGGCUGAGGUUGUCACUGCUUUUAUAAAAUUGAAUGUAUAAGUUAAGCCAGGAAAACUGGAAAAUCUCAUCUUAGUCUGUUACCCAAUCAAGGUUUUGUGAAAUGGCUCUUGAUCUGCAUUGCUACUGUGCUCAAAGUUUUCUAAAAAGGUUAAAAUGGUUAUUUUUUGUGUGUUUAUCUCAGUAAUUUCAGAAAGUAAUUUCUUUAUGUGCACUUAAUAAAACCUGCUAAAACAUA